CAUUGACUCCCAUUGACUCCCGUUGACUCCCGUUGACUCCCGUUGACUCCCCUCCUCCGACAACGCUUCUACCUUCGGAGCCGAAGCCGAAGCUAAAGUACAAGCAAUUAAGCUGCGGGCCGCAGAUUGCGGGGUAGCAUUUCCCGGUCUGUCUAGCUCUUGCGGCUUGCUCCCUCCCACCUCUCACUCAGCUCGAAUGUGCAGUUAUCUUACAAGCCAGACAUGGAAAAGAAGCGCCGAGACAUCCGCUGGGUAGACUGAAAGAUUAAAGACACUGUGACUACUGUAAUGGCUCGAUUGGCUGCCCCGCUCGUUGCUGCAUUGCAACAUAACAUAACUCAACUCAUCUCAUCUCUUCUUGUUAGGUAGCCCUUCUCUACAUAUACAAGUGCCCUUGCCGUCUCAUUCUAUCUUCCUUCGUAUGUAAAGACCACAUACAAUGGCUGCAGCUGGUCACAUCCGCCUCGGGACUGCCUCCCCCGGCACCGCAUCCUCCACACCCGAGACGAUAGCUCUCAUCGACACUCUCGCACAACGCGCCGCAUCCUCCCACAUCGACAUCCUCCUCCUUCCCGAGGCCUUCAUAGGCGGUUAUCCCCGCGGCAGCUCCUUCGGCUGCAAAAUCGGCGACCGCAGCGCCGCUGGUCGCGACGAGUUUGCUCGCUACUUCGAUCAGGCCAUUGACCUGGGCGAUACAGUAGGACCUGCUGGUGGCGGCGCGGGUAUCAAGUGGGUGAAGAGACAGAUUGGCGAGGAGGAUGAGGUUCGCGGUGAUGGUUCGCGUGAAGAAUUGGAGCGCAUUGCGAGGGAUUCGGGCGUUUUUGUCGUCGUGGGAUGUAUUGAGAAAGCGGGUGGGAGCUUGUACUGCUCUGUUGUAUAUGUUUGUCCCAAGGAGGGUAUGCUAGGAAAGCGUCGCAAAGUGCUCCCCACCGGCACAGAACGUCUCAUCUGGGCCCAGGGCUCGCCGAGCACCCUCCGCGCCGUAACAACCGUCAUUCGAGGCAUCCGCAUCAAUCUCGCCGCAGCCAUCUGCUGGGAGAGCUACAUGCCUCUUCUCCGACAGAGUCUCUACUCUCAAAACAUCAACCUGUAUCUCGCCCCGACGGCUGAUUUCCGCGAUGCCUGGUUGAGUCUUGCGCGCACUAUCGGUGUCGAGGGCCGUUGCUUCGUCGUCUGCAGUAAUAUGUGCGUUCCAAAGGAUGCGUCUGCUGAGACGAAUGGUAAUGGUGGCGGUCCUGCUGUUCGAGAACGUCGAGGCUCGUGUCUCACGGAUGAGGGCUUUGAGAUCGCCCUUCCUAAGUCUCCUACUCGUUCGCGCCGUCGUAGAAAGUCUGUUUUUGACGAAGAUGGGAAUGAGAUUGUUCUUGGGUGUGAAGACGAUGGCGAAGCACCUCCUCCUCCUCCUCCUGCUGCGCGACCACAAGUCGCCGCCCUGAAGACUUCAGGGAGUACCUUUGACAAAGCUGACUACAUCUCGCCUGGUGGCUCAUCUAUUGUAUCGCCGUUCGGCGAUGUAAUCGCUGGUCCUCAGUGGGGUGACCCUGACGGUAUUGUCUUUGCUGAUGUUGAUUUCCGCGAUUGCAUCAGAGGCCGCUUGGAUCUUGACACUGCAGGAAGCUACUCUCGAAAUGAUUCAUUCCAGUUCAGCGUUGAAGGAUUGAAUCUUGAUCCUCUGCCUUACUAAAGAAGCGUGGGGAUUAUGAUGUAUGAAUAAAUAGUUAACCAGAUUGCAAUGCUAUAUGUAACGCUUGUAUGAUCCCAAUGCUAUUAUC